GCUCUGAGCUAUAGGCUAAGGGGAAAACUCUCUCUCUCUUUCUAUUUCUUAAUCUUUCUGCAAUUUGAAUUGCGUCCUUGGAUAAACUAAGAUGAUGAUGAUCCGAUAAUUAAAAAAAAAUCGAAAUAAAGAAAACAAAGUCUUGUCUUUUUUUGGUUGAAUAGAUCUGUGGUUCCCUCUGGUACAGGAGGGGGUAUUGCGGUUGAUGAUGGGAUUUUGCAUGUGUCAGUUGGAGUGUCCGGCAAGAUUAGUGUGGAGUACUAGCUUCUUCCGCCAUAAGUUUAUCAUCUUCUAAUAUUCCCCUUUCUCUUCCAUCUCUCUCUUUUUACUUUCAACCCCAAUCCUCUCUCUGUUUCUUAAGUUUCUUCUUCCUUCUUCUUCUGCUGGUAAAAUCGAAUCGAAUGGAAUCCAAUAAGUUUUUCUUCAAUCCGUCUACUUCUCAUGGCAACAUGUUCUUCCUCACUAAUCUCAAUCCAGUCGUCCAAGGGAAUGAAGCAGGAUCGAUGAUAAACAUGGAGGAGGAAUCAUCGAAACGAAGACCCUUCUUUUGCUCUCCUGAUGAUCUUCUCUACGACGACGUUGACUAUUACGACGACCAAACACCCGACAAAAAGCGUCGCCUUACUCAUGAACAGGUGCAUCUGCUGGAGAAAAGCUUCGAGACGGAGAACAAGCUGGAGCCAGAGCGCAAGACUCAGCUUGCUAAGAAGCUUGGUCUUCAGCCUCGUCAAGUUUCUGUCUGGUUUCAAAACCGCCGCGCUCGUUGGAAAACAAAGCAGCUCGAGAGAGACUUCAAUCUCCUCAAGUCCUCUUACGACCAACUCCUCUCUAACUACGACUCCAUCCUCAAGGACAACCAUCAUCUCAGAUCCCAGGUGACUUCCCUCGCCGGCAAGGUCCAAGCCAAAGAAGAGACAGCUACUGGUCAGGUGCCAGAACCAAACCAGCUCGAUCCGGUGAACAUGAACCCGGCAAUCAAAACAGAGGACCGGUUAAGUUCAGGGAGUGCGGUACUAGACGAAGACGCACCUCAUCAACUAAGAGACAGCUGUGACUCUUACUUCCCAAGCAUUGUACCCAUCCACCACCACUCGGGGCAAGACACCAACAACAACAACGGCUGUGGUAAUGACACGGGCUGUUUCGCUGACGUCUUUGUGCAAGGUGAAUCAUUUGGAUUAUGGGGCUGCUGGACUUGAAACUUCAAAAGCCAAUCCUUAUAUUUAUAUAAUGUUUUAUGUGCGUUUGUUUAUCAAGUACAGUCUAUGUUGACGUAACCCUCUGCAUAAAUUUGUGGACUAAUUCCGCAAUUCCACACGGUAUUUUAUCGGUUAUAUAUUUUAUGUUUUUUAUGAACA